AUGGAUCGUGGUGACCAGAAAGACGAUGAUGACGACUUCAUGGAGAAGAAAAAAUGUCCGUGCAAGAGGGCUUCGCAAGAAUGCUUGACUACAUUGACCAAGGGUUUCACUGAUGAUCAGAAGGGAGCUACCAGUGAGAUGGGAUUGCAGGCAUUGAUGGAUGUUCGAUGCAUGAAUCUAGUGAACCCUGUAUGUGACUGGCUUGGUGAGAUAUACUAUCCUGCGUCUAGGGAAUUUGUCAUUCCGGGACGUGAAAGAAUCCCUUUGGACGAGGAAUCUGUGUUCUGCACUUUGGGUGUCCCCCGUGGAGAAAUCAAAGUUCCGUAUGAGGUGAACAAUAAGAUCGAGAAAGUUUUGUUCCCCCGUUUGUUUCCUGGAAUGGCAUCCAUGCCUAAUACGACUGUGCUGGCAACUUCGCUGGAGGGAACGACAACCCAUGGUGAGGUAUUUAAGAUGAAGUUGUUGAUGCACCUGAUCUCGUCUGUCUUUGCGCCUACCACGUCGUUGCGCCCAAGCAACAAGUGCUUCCCUAUCCUGGCGAAACUAAAAUAUGGUAAAUACAUGAAUUGGUGCGAAUUCAUUGCCGACUUUCGGCAUGUUGCAUUCUCAAUUAAGAUGUACCAGAAGGGCUAUCGGCUGCACCUUAUGCUCAUGUACGUCGAUCGUCUUGAUUUGUCCAUUGUCGACUUCACUGAGAUAGGAGGUCAGCUGCCUCCACAUAAGUUUGCUGUCUCUGCCUGGAGUUAUGAUGUUGUCAAGGUUGUGCUUGCCACAGACAGAAUAUCUGAUACAAAAUAUGGGAAAUUGCAGGAGAGGAUUAUAUAG